AUGAAGGAAAUCAUACAAGAGAUCCUAAUUAGUCUGGUUAAAUGUACUUCAGUCUGCAAGACAUGGAGGUCCAUGAUCAUAAACCGAAGCUUUAUUCACCCCCACCUCAACCCGAAAGUGGACUUUGCUAACCAGAAUGACAUUGACCUCCUCCUACUCCACAGAAUUUCUGGUAGCUGUAGCCUCACCUACUACCAAAACAAUGUCAUUCACAAGGUAAAAGACGAUGUUCACUCUGUGCAUCAUGAUAACCAGGCGUUUGAUGUGUACUCCAAGAUUGAAUUUCCAAUUGCCGCAAAGAAAAACUUUUGGGAAUUCACAUCUUCGUGUGACCCAACCAUUAGAAAGUUGGUGACCCUUCCGAGGCCUGGUAUUACCUUUCGGACGCAUGGUGGGUAUGAUGCUUCUAUUGGGUUCGGUUUUGAUGCUAUGACCAAUGACUAUAAGGUUGUGCGAUUUGUAACUUUACAAAAUGAAGAUGAAGGGCCAACUGUAGCUGAGGUUUAUUCCCUAGCCACUGGCACAUGGAGGAGUCUUGGUUGUGAGGUGUUCGGUAAGAUACCUAUGCCGAAGAUUAUCCAUUGGAAUCCCAACUGGGGAUUGCAAUUGUCUGUUUCAGAUAACAAAAAAUCUAUUGCUUUGUUCAUGAGGCCCAACAAUCGUGAAGAUUUCUAUAUGAAUUAUUUGCGUGAAGAAUCUGUUCUUGAUAUAUGGGUGAUGAAAGAGUAUGGCAUAGAGGAAUCAUGGACCAAAUUGAUUACUCUCAGUCACAAGAGUGGGGAAGUAUUGUUACUGCUCAAAGAAAAAGAGAGGCAGGAACUAGUAUCACUAGACCUUGUGAGCAAACAGUUUAAACUUCUUGGGAUUUCUGGAUAUAAAUAUUGUACUGGUCAUUUUUAUAAAGAGAGCCUCCUCUUACUCGACAAGGGCGAUGCAGAGUCUUACUAA